AUGAUAGAGGCCAUGGUCAAAGGACAGAAGGAGAGACGAGACAGCUUUCCUAAAUUUAUCACUUGCCCGAGCGAGAUGGUGGCCUUGUCAAUGGCAGAUGGCUACGCUCGUGUCACUGGACAACCUCAGGCGGUCAUUGUGCACGUGGACGUCGGCACUCAGGCACUGGGGUGCGCCGUUCACAAUGCCAGCGUCGGACGCGCGCCCGUACUCAUCUUUGCCGGUCUGUCCCCAGUCACGUUGGAAGGCGAAUACCGAGGCAGUCGGACCGAGUUCAUCCACUGGUUGCAAGACGUCCCGGACCAGAAAGCCAUUGUUUCGCAGUAUUGCCGCUACUCUGCCGAGUUGAAAAAGGGCAAGAACAUUAAGCAGAUGGUGAACCGGGCCUUGAGCUUUGCCACGAGUGAGCCUCGAGGUCCCGUCUACUUGCAAGGGGCGCGCGAAGUCAUGGAGGAGGUCAUAGAACCGUACAAGAUUCGGCAAGAGUUCUGGACACCCGUCGAGCUCGGCGGUCUCAUGCCCAAGCAACUGGAUCUUAUUGCUCAGUCCUUGGUUUAUGCUCGGGAGCCUCUCAUCAUCACGGGGUAUAGCGGGCGCAAUACCGAGGUGGUGCCUUUGCUUACGGAGCUGGCAAACAUUGUCAAGGGUUUACGUGUGCUCGAUACCAUGGGCUCGGACCUCUCUUUCCCUGCGGACCACCCCGGCUGGCUGAGUGUCAGGUACGGAUCCGACGAUGCGAUUCGCACGGCCGAUGUGAUACUGGUCGUCGAUUGUGAUGUGCCGUGGAUCUACACUCAGUGUAGACCAGCGGAAGAUUGCAAAAUCAUUCACUUUGAUGUGGACCCUCUGAAACAACAAAUGCCUCUCUUCUACAUUGAUGCGAUACUGCGUUGUCGCGUCAAUACUGCAUUUGCUCUCAGCCAGAUUGUCAAUUAUUUGAAAACCGACUUAUGGAGUCAAAUCAGCGCCAAUCAGGAGCAAUUUGACAAUCGAGGGUCUUCAUUACAAGCAUCAUACAAACAAAAGUUGAAGACAAUCGCCUCGCAAGCCGAGCCAAACUCGGACGGCUCGCUCGGAUGUGGCUACCUGAUCUCGCAACUCCGGAAGGCGUGCCCUGCAGACACCACUUGGGUCAUUGAAGUCGUCACCAAUACAUUUACUGUGGCUGAUCAGCUCCAGGCAACAUUGCCUGGCAGUAUCUUCAGUUCCGGUGCCGGUGGCCUCGGUUGGUCGGGCGGAGCGGCUCUAGGUGUCAAGAUGGCCAUUGAGGACCGCAGCGGAGGCAAAGGGAAGUUUGUGUGCCAAAUCAUUGGUGAUGGUUGCUUUCUCUUCUCCGUUCCAUCCAGCGUGUACUGGAUUGGGCAGAAAUACGGGAUCCCAGUACUGACUAUCGUGUUGAACAACAAUGGCUGGAACGCGCCGCGCAAGUCUCUCCUCCUUGUCCAUCCCGAUGGACUAGGAUCCAAGGUCAGCAACGAAGAGCUCAACAUCUCAUUUACGCCCAAUCCCGAAUACGCUACCAUUGCCAAAGGUGCUUCGGGCGGGAAGUGCUGGGCAGAGCGAGCCGAAACCGUGGACGAACUGACACGAUUGCUGCCAGAGGCUGUGAAGGCUGUUCAAGGUGGCGUUUCCGCGAUCUUGGAUGCUCGUAUAGUAUAG